CUCUUUGCAAUUGCGGCAGUGCUUGCAGCCAAACUAGUACCCCAGCUCAAUGGCCUUCUCCAGUACGGCAAGGUUUCGUUGGCCAAGAAAGAGUACCAAAAGCAUGAGAGGGAUCGUUGGCCUCCAGCCUUGGUUGACCAAUUUAUCCGAUUUCUUGUAACCAUUACCGUUCCGAAGAGCUGGUUCAUACACUUCUACGUCCUCUCUUCUAUCCUCUCCAUAUCUAACCAGACAAAGUCGGGUGAUUCAAAACCCUACACCGUAUGUGUGAUCCUCUGCUGCAUGAUCAUGACGCAGUCGUGUCGGAGACUCUACGAGUGCCGUUAUGUGUCGAAACCCAACCCCCAGGCACGUAUGAACAUCAGUCACUACCUCGUUGGGAUAUUCUUCUACACCGCCAUAAGUGUGAACUGCUUGUUUCAGGCGAUAACCCAUGACAUAGCGGGUUCCUUCUCCUGUAGCUGUGUUAGCCUAGGUAUGGUACUGUUAGUCCUCGCUUUUGUCUACUUCCAGUACGAGCAAUAUGUUUCCCAUGUUUAUUUGGCCCUGCUUGUGAAGUAUCGAACCCCACAGGCCGGAUGGUUCCGCUACGUCUACUGUGCACAUUAUCUUCAAGAAAUCUGCAUCUAUUCGUGCAUGGCGGCGACGGGUGGGGUGUUACCUCUGACCACAAGAAUUCCCUCCAACAGCAACUGGCUAGUCGUAGCCUGGGUGGUGAGUAACUUGUCUAUUUCGGCGAUUGAGACUGGAAAGUUUUACGACGAAAAG